GGUUCGCAGUGAUGACGUAGCCAGCACAGUUUUCUCUAAUGGCUCUUACAACGAAAGCCCAGGCCAGGGGAGGAAGAAAAUCCUCCGGACACGGUCUCAGAGGCUGGAAAUAAUCUAACCUCCGAUGUACCUGAGACAUUUUGCCAGGUUAUUUUCAGCUAUGGCUGGACCAAGGCCUGUGGUGUUUAGUGGCCCGUCCGGGGCAGGAAAAAGCACUCUGCUGAAGAAACUCAUCAAAGAACAUGACAAUGUGUUUGGCUUCAGUGUCUCCCAUACAACAAGAAACCCUCGCCCUGGAGAAGAGAACGGCAGAGAUUACCAUUAUGUUACACGGGAGACGAUGCAGGCAGCCAUAGACAACGGCGAGUUCAUCGAAAACGCAGAGUUUUCUGGAAAUCUGUACGGCACAAGCAAAGCUGCUGUCCAAGCUGUUCAGGCCAAAAACCUCAUCUGUAUACUGGACAUCGACAUGCAGGGUGUGAAGAACAUUAAGAAGACGGACCUCAACCCUAUUUACAUCUCCAUCCAGCCGCCAUCCAUGGACAUCCUAGAGAAACGACUAAGAGACAGAAAAACUGAGUCGGAGGAGAGCCUGCAGAAGCGUUUAAAUGCAGCCAGGGUGGACAUGGAGUUCAGCAAAGAACCUGGCAUGUUUGAUGUCGUUAUCGUCAAUGACAAUUUAGACGAUGCUUAUGGAAGGUUAAAACAGACUCUUCUUGAGGAAAUUAACAAGGUCAAUAAAGCAAAGACAUCAUAGAAGACAGCACAGCACGGCGCCUCAUCCAUCCACUCCCCAUGAAAGCCAAGACCACUACUACUACAUAGUACAUUCCCUCAGAUUAUGGUCUGUUAAACUCAGACGGCAUAAAUUAGUCAAUCUACAAACAUGUAUUUAGAUGGAGUUGGUCAACUAGUGUAUUUUUGUUUUAUUUUUAAUAGCCAUUUAUUUUUUAUUCUUUAUGUUUAAAGAGAAUAUACUCCAAUGAAUUUUACUUGAAAUGUGACUUGCACCUUGUGGAGAAGGAUUUUCAUCAGACAGAGUGAAUGUCUGCCCUCUUGAUCACUCACCAUGCCAGAGUAGCAGCAAACGGGGAGCGGCAGGAUGCAUUCCAUCAUGUGGACUAACUGGUCUGUGAUGUGGACUGCUUUGGUGGGCUUUUUAAAUUCUUUUCCAUCUCUGGUUGUUUACUUUCAGGGGGUACAUGCAAGUCAGCCAUGCUUAAUGAAACAUUACAUUUAUUCCAGACUUGGUAAAGCUUUUUAUAUUAUGUUUUUUUUCCUAUGUAUAUGUUAACAGAAUAUCUCAGUUUUAUUUGGAUUAUGUUGCACUCGAGUGAGUGAAGUCCAAUUUUUUCUUAAUUACUUUAUCACUGUCAUUCGUUUUCGUUUUUAUGUUAUCGGGGGUCGGGGGUGGGGUAUUUGGCUAUUUUAAAAUUGUAGUUUUAUAAAACAUUUAUAUUAUUGUGUAACUUGCUCAUAUUGUAGCUUUACAUGUAUUGUGAAAUGACAUUCAGAGGACUUAAAAAGAUCUGCAGGACAAAAUAAUGUUUAGAGUUGUAAAUGUUCCCUCAAACAAAAAGCACAGCAAAUCUAUUUUUACAUAUGUAAUUAAGGAAAUCUAUGGUGUGUUUGUAAACUGGUUUCCCAGCCACACCUUAAACGGUGAAGCUAUGAGUCGCACCUUGUAAAAUCCAUUCAUUUACCAUGAAUUAUAUAUUCCUGAUAUUGUUGUUCAUUGAAGCAAUACGUCCUCUGAAAUAGCAUGUUACAUGUUUAAAACUUCAAUUAAAAUGUUACAAAGGUCCUUA